AUGGUGGAUCUCAUUGCCCACAUAAAGAGACAUCCGAUCACCACGGCGCACACUUGCUUGCGGCUGAUGGGCUACAUGGCAGCGUGCACACCCCAAGUCAGUGCUGCAGGAGUUCCCUUUGUGUCCUUAUCACCGUCGCUCACCCUGGUCUCGGACGUGUCAGAUCUGGGCUGGGGAGCCCACCUGGGCAAGCUCAGCACCCAAGGUCGCUGGAUGCAGCACGACUUAGCUCUUCAUAUCAGCAUCAGAGAGCUCAAGGCGGUGUGCCUGGCCUGUCAGUCAUUUUUGCCCCACCUGAAAGGCAAGGUGGUGCAGGUCCUCAUGGACAACGUGGCCGCGAUGUAUUACAUCAACAGGCAGGACAGCGCCAUGUCCUCGGCCCUGUGUCAAGAUGCACUCAGACUCUGGAACCUUUGUGUGCAGAAUGCCAUACACUGGUGGCCGCUCACCUACCUGGAACCAGGAACGUCCUGGCAGAUCGCCUCAACAGGACCUUCUCCUCACCACGAGUGGUCACCGAGAAUGGAAGCAAGCACUCGAAGGAAAAAACGCUCAGGGCAGCUCCUGCCGAGAGGGAAGAUUCCCUUUGCCAAGGACACGCGGGGCCUUGCUCUCCCCUCCCCGCCGCCCCCCACUGACGCUCUGGGAUCUCGCCCUGCAGCACAGAUGCCCUGCCCAUUGCUCAUCCUGGGCCUGCUGGUGCUCGCUCCAGCAGGUUCAGUGGAUAUCCGGGUCCCCGAUGACCCUGUGAUCGCCCUCUUUGGUCGGGACGCCGUCCUCCACUGCUCUUUCUCGCCUGAUGCCAGCUUCAGCCUCACCGAGCUCAGCCUCAUCUGGCAGCUGACGGACACCAAGCGGUUGGUGCACAGCUUUGCCAGCGGGCAGGACCAGCUGGCUGACCAGGGCAACGGCUAUGUCAACCGCACGGCUCUCUUCUACGAGGAGCUGCCCCGGGGCAAUGUCUCGCUGCUGCUGCGGCGGGUGCAGAUCUCCGAUGAGGGCAGCUUCACCUGCUUUGUCCGGGUCCAUAGCUACAGCAGCGCGGCGGUGACGCUGCAGGUGGCCGCUUUGUAUUCCAAGCCCAACUUGAACCUGGAGCCCAGCAAGAACCUGAAGCCAGGGGACCUGGUGAUGGUGACCUGCCACACCUUCCGCGGCUACCCUGCGGCUACGGUGCUCUGGCAGGAUGGCCAGGGCAACAACAUCACGGAGAACGUCACCACCUCCCAGGUGGCCAAUGAGGAAGGGCUCUUUGAUGUGCAGAGCAUCCUCCGUGUGGUGCUGGAGCCCAACAGCACCUACUCCUGCCUGGUGCGGAACCCCGUGCUGCAGCAGGAGACCCACGCCUCCGUUACCAUCACUGGCCAGCACCUCAGCUUCCCUGCUGUGGCUCUCUGGGUGACUGUGGGACUCGCUAUCUGCAUCUUGGGGCUGCUGGGCGCACUGGCUUACGUGUGCCGGAAGAAAAUUCGCCAGAGCUGCAAGGAAGAGGAAGAGAAUGCAGGGAUGGAGGAGCAGAGUGAGGAUGGUGGAGAACCCAAGACAGGUUGGUGA